CUUAAACAACCAACCAUUGUAACACUAAAGAAAAAUCAUGUCAAGGAAGAGAAAAGUUUCUGAAACACCAGUUGAAGACAUUAGUCCUUAUGAAACAAUCAAAGAAUGGAAUGAAGUAAUGAAGGAAUCUACUCAAUCUAGUUCAGAAGGAACAAAAAACAGAAAGAGAUUUGUUGGUGUAAGACAAAGACCAUCAGGAAGAUGGGUAGCUGAGAUAAAAGAUACCAUUCAAAAGAUAAGAGUUUGGUUAGGAACAUAUGAUACAGCUGAAAAAGCUGCAAGAGCUUAUGAUGAAGCUGCGUGUAUACUUCGCGGUUCCAAUACUCGAACAAAUUUCUUACCUUCUUCUAAAUCUUCCUCUAGUACUCAUGUUCUUCCUUCAAAAAUCAUCAAUCUCCUCCUUCAAAGACUUAAAGCAAGGACUUAUCCUUGCGAUUGCGGUCACAACUGCGAAUCUAUAUAUUGCGGUAAAAUGCAAGAAAAUGCUGCCGAUACAGUUGUGAUGCCAUUGCUGAGGCCUAAAAAUUCUUUAUAUUGCGGCCGCUAUGAACCUUUUAUUUGGGAUAAAAUGUGGGAAAAUGAGGCCUAUGCUGUCGAAAGUGAAGUUGCAAUGUCGUUGCAGAGACCUCAAAAUCCUUUAUAUUACGGUAAAAUGCAGGAAAAUGAGGCCAAUGCGGUUGCGAUUGCAAUGCCGCAUAGACCUCAAAAUCCUGUAUAUUAUGGCUACAAUUGCAGUUUCGGACCGCAAUUUAAAACCAUGUCUUCUUCCUCUUACAACUCUCUUUAUAUGAACAACAAACAAAAGCAACAAGGAGAUGUAUAUGGAAAUGAAUCAACAUAUAUAACAAAUGAACAAUUUAUAGAUUUCUUUGAUGGUCUUGAAGAAGAUUAUAACACAGGUAACAACAUUGAAUUUUGUAAUAGUAGUAGUAGUGCACAAAUUGAUGACAUUACAAGUGGUUUUGAAUCAUGUUUAACUGAAAAAGAUGAAUCUAUUUGCAAGGAAAAGGAAAUGAACAUUGAAUGUAAUUUCAGCUAUGUGAUGACACAAACAACAUCAAGUGAUGAAAGAGAGGAAGACAUUGAUUUGAGUUUCCAACAAAAUUUUCAAUUCCUUGACAAUGUUAAUGAUGUUGCAAUGAACUAUUAUUCUCCUUUUGAUAUUGAGGAGCAUGUGGAGUUAGAGAUCAAUGAUGAUGAUGAGUCUUCAAUGCUAAGAAAUGCUAUGAAGAGAAUGAAAUAUGAGAGGAAAAUUUCAGCUUCUUUAUAUGCAUUCAAUGGAAUACCUGAAUGCUUGAAGUUGAAACUUGGAUCAGAAAACAAAGCAAUAGAGUUUUCUAAUGAACUAACCAACCUCAAAAUAGCUUGUAACAAAAACAAAAUUGAUGCUUAG